UUGUGACACAAGGCAGCGGGUGUCAACACAUCCGCAGCAACAUCUACUGGACUGGAAGUUGUAUUCAACUUGUUUUUGGCUGAUGUUCGCCAACCAUUCAUCCAUUUUAUUUAUUUAUUUUUUAAAUUAAUAAUCCAUACUUGGCAUCAAGAAUCAAUGCAUUGGAUCGCCAAUAUUAGAAUCGCGAUGCAUCGAUUAUUUUGCACACCCCUAAAAGUUAGCUAAAUAAAAAAAGUCAAAACGUUAUACUCACCGAGUCUUAAAUUCUUAAAAUCCUUGUCUGUGCUCCUUUCCCUCCAAAAGGCAUGGUCUGACGUUAAAACAAGUCCAGGCAGAACGCAGCAUGCAGAUCGGGGCGUGGUUUAAUGUUGAGGGCUACUUGGCAGAUCGCCUUGAACUCAGCUUUUAACGGACACUUAAGAAAUUUUUAAGUUGAACUAACUGAACACACUUCUAAGUUAAGUUAAGGUUGAAAUGUCUGUUUAAAAUCCAUUUAUUAUUGAGUUAAGAAUAUUUUCUUUAUUUUAAUUUAGACCAACUUACUUAAUGAAGUUAUAAACUAAUUAUUAUAGUGUAUAGGUAAUAAACAAUUUUUUUAUGCUGAAAAAGCACUUGAUUUUGAGCUCUACCUACUAACCCCAUGAAUCAUUUAUUAGAGCAGGCAAAACGAGGACAGGCAAGCUUGGUGGUCAAAUAACAGCCCAGAAGGGUACACAGUCAGACAGGAUAAACGGGAAGGGAUCAGGCAAACUCAUAUAAUCCAUAAACAGAACCAGGUCAGGCAAAACAGGAGAACGCUGGACAAAACUCACCGAAGGCUCGUUAACGAUCUGGCGUUAACGAGCGCAGGUAUAAACGGAAGCAGGUAUAAAUAGUGAGGUGAACAGGUGAACCGGAGUGAAGGCUAAUGACAGGAGGCAGAUGAGAAUGAUCAGAGGAUGAAGGAUGAUGGCUAGAGGAGAAAAGAACUGAUCGGUUGACAGGUGACAGACAAAUAGGAUGGUGACUAAGACAUGAAGUGAGCUGACUGAACCGAUAACAUAAAAAGAAGUACAAAACUAAACCAACAACAAAAACCCAAAUCGUGAUAGUUACAGCCUUAACCAAAUAUUAGCUGGGUGUAUAUUUGAGCCUGUAUGUAUAUUUCUGACCCUGAGGAUCAGAGAAGAUCCACAAUAAAUGUAUAUUUGUGCAAAUUCCAGCCUGAAAAAAAUACAUGCAAAUAAAUCAUUAAAAAGACCAAAACUCUGGGUUUAAACAUGAAUGUGUGACUGUGUUUGGCUGGUUGGGGCUGUUGCCAUAGCAACGUGUCAGCUCCAGGUUUGGCAUUUCUGUUGUUAAGGAGUGAACUGUCAAGUUAUCACAAAUGAUUUCCUGUAUGAUCCAUCGGACCCCCAGAAUCCUGAAGCAGACGCCUGGAACGUGCACGGUGGGGGCGGGUUUCACAGUUUCUGAGGAUUUCCCCACAGAAACGCCAGAAAAGACGGAGCGGAGCCGCGGCUAUAAAAACAGGUGAGAUGGCGCGGUGCGGCACUCCAGCUCAGGAUGGCCCGACUCCGUCUGCACAUGGUCUCCCUCUGCGCGCUCCUGCUGCUCCUGGCCGCGCGCGUCCUCUGUGCUGUGAACGCGAGCAGCCGCGCGGACCGGCAGCCGCCGGACCCCCACCGGUCCGACUGCUUUACCGAGGAGCAACUGCGCAGCCGCGAGGACAUGUUCGUCAGGAGGAGCAAUGUGUACAGCGUGAAUGCGCAGAGCGGCAACAGGACGUGUGCGCAGGUGGUGGAAGAAAUGCGCAAAGAUCCGCGCAGAUUCACGGAGCAGAGCCGCAGGUCGCUGUCACCGUGGGAAUACAAGGUGGACCGGGAUGUGGAGAGGAUCCCUCCUGAGAUCAGCAUGGCCCAGUGUCUCUGUGAAGGCUGCAUCAUCAACCUGCGCGAGGAUCACAGCUACAACUCGGUGAUGGUGAAAACCCAGAUGACGGUCCUGAAGAGGAAGCCGUGCCCCGGCGACCCAAAGAAAUAUGUGGUCAAGAAGGAGAUCAUCUCGGUUCCAGUGGCCUGCACAUGUGUGAAGCCCAGUUACUCCCAGUAGCCUCAGGCUGCAGGGAUCCUGGAUCUACUGCUGCUAAUCAGAUUCCCCCACCAGGUCCUCAGUGCCACGUAGAGUUACAGCAAAGGACCGGUUCUGGCCCAAUAAGCAGAACAGGAACAGCAUCUUCUGCUGCAGGAGAAGGAAAUUCUAACUAUCACUUCUGCAGAGAAGUUAGACUGAACCUGCAGCUGGCUAGCAGCAACUGAACGAACUUUAACAUUUAUCUCACAUUUUAGACUUCCUCUGGUUCUGCCAUGAACACAAAUCAUGUCAGCUACUUCUUAUCUUCUCGCUGCAGGACAGCCGGACAGAACAAAUGAGUCAACUCCCUCCAUCCAUCCAUCCAUCCAUCCAUCCAUCCAUCCAU